CUAAAGAUUCGUGAAAUCUUAAAAAAAUUUGGAAACUAAACUAGGUCAAAAAAAAAAUCCAAACAAAUACGAAUGAGGCAGGAAAUAGAUGGCCGUGCAUGCUCAAACAAAUAGAUGGCCGUGCUGCUCUGCUCCGAUCGUCGCUGCUGCAGCCUGCCUCGAUCACCUGACACUUGACAGCCCGGCGGCGUGCAUGCACGGCAGUUACAUCGGAAGAAGCUGCAUGGCUAAUAGCCGUGGCGGCAGGCAGUGAUGACCGGCAGCGGCACUAGUGCAGGCAGGGCGCUCGAUUUCAAUUCGCCUGCCGCGUACAUGCGAGCUGCACUAGUGCAGGCAGGCCCAGCGCCGGCCGCAGCAAUGCCCGCCGCGUACAUCCCGUGCACGAAUGCUUCAGAGCAAGUAUUAUAAUAUAGCCAGCUGCUGGCUGUAAGGCUUCUUUACAGCCUUCUUGCAACACACUUAUAUAAUGGUUAGCUCAUCACUAUUAAUACAUGGCCCACUUGUCUGUCUCACAGACUUUUUUGGUUUUUGUGUCUAAGCCGGCUUACAGCCCGCUUUUACUCUCUCUCCUCUUCUCUCUCCUCCACCUCGGCAUUUAGCUGACUUACAGUCUACUAUAAUACUUGCUCUCACACGAAUGAACGGGUGGAUGGCUCUGGAUAUGCGACGACUCAGCAUUCAGCAACGGUGUGGAAGGACCAGUAAAAUGUGAAUCAGACGGCGGAAAAAGGUGCGUGCUUGUUUUCACGCACCAAACCCAACCCCAACCCCACCUCCCGGGCCAGGCCCAACCGGCACAGCAAAUUCAAUCAAUUAGUAGUAGCAAUAGAUUAGUAAAUUUGAUUGUACUGUAUUUAAUUAAUCUAAAAAAGCAAAUUAAAUAAAUGGUUAGGCUCUGGCUCGGCUUCAGCUCCAUGAAUAGUUUUUAUCAUGGAGCUGGAGCUUUUGAUAAAAUGACUCCACAUGCAUAUAGAGUUCUUUGAACCAUGCUCUUACAUAACCUUAUGAUACAAGGCCCACCAUGACGAGGUGAAGGCAGAUGAAGCCACUAUUUUUGACUCUAUGAGCAAGAGCAUGAUUUAAAGGACUUUCUGGGUGAAGCAGUUUUGUUUUACCCUCGUUUAGCAAAAAAAAAAAAAGCUCCGAACGACUCCUGAAGCUAGCGGAGAAACCGUGCCAAAAGGACUUUAAUACAGUGCUCGGAGCAAUUGAUUUGAAUGUGUGAAAAGUCAGCGUGAGGUUUUGUCUUUGCUCCCAUGGUUGUUUGAUUUCUUCCCCCUUGAUAGGCCCUCAUGUUUCCUCUUUGCUAUUUUGUUGGUAACCAAGCGAUUAUCAAACCUUUAUGUAAUUGAAUUUGUAUUUUCUCCUCCUGCUUAAUAAAAUAUGUGCCAAGGCAUGGCCACACAAAAAAAAAAGUCAGCACGAGGUUGAUUUGAUCUGUGAAUUAAAACUCGUGUUGGUUAGGUUCAUAUGGUGGAACCUUUUGUAUGGAUUGAAGAAGCCCUCAUUGGACUUUUGAGUGCGAGAAUUUUUAUUUUCUCCAGUUUAGGCACAAUAAUUUUCUCUAAGACUUUGAUUCCAACUUUGCCUAGCUAAUUAAAAAGAUGACAGGAACUAUUGACUGUACAUUGGAGUCGUUUGUUUUUUUUUUAUAAUUUUGUAAGUUUGUAGCAUGGAAUUAUGGAGUACGUGUGUGGAACACGGUCCAACAAAAGUCCAUCCAUUGACAAAAAUAAAAUAAAAUGCAUGGGAGUGACAGCAUGCAAAGUGCGUCGUCCAACUUUUAUGUUGUUCAUGUUCUAGUACGGGGACCAAAAGUCUAAGGUAAUAGUGCCAACAUGGAACAUCCCAACUUUAUGUUGGAUGUCCUUCGUGCUGUACUACAAAUGCCAACAACAAAGUCUUUGUUACUACACGUGAUAUGCGUUGAUUAAUUGGAACUUGGAAGCGUUGAUUAAUUGUAAGGCGCGUCAAUCAUAUCUGCUAGUAUAUACAGUUUGUCAUUGCUGAUGGAUGAGAAUGGACACUAGGUGGAAGCAUUGCAAGCGUGACACGUCGUACCUUUGUACUCCCUGCAUGGUCAAAUAAAUCAAAUCCUAAAGUCCGUAUAAGUCAAAUUAUCUUAAAUUCAAUUAAUUUUAUAGAAAAGAUUAACAAUAUCUAUGGAAAAAAUAAGUGUAUUCUAAAAAUAUAUUCUAUGGUAUACUUAAUGAUACUAAUUUGAUAUCAUAAAUCUUGACACCUUUUCUAAAAUUUGAUCAAGGUUUAAAAGUCUGACUCAAGACAACUCUAGAAACCUACUUAUUUAGGGACGAAUUGAGUACGUGACAUUUUUCUUCAUUAAUCAUCGCGCGUGGAACAUCUACUUCUGCGAAAAUGAAUUUUAGAGCAUGUGAAAAACAACUUGUAGAGGUGGUUUUUAAAACCAGCACUACACCAUCGAGUGUAAAGAUGUAGGCUGUAGCCUUUGUGUGGGUUUUAACCGCCUAUGUUGGGUUUUUAAGUUUCUGCAAAUGCAUUUUUAGAGAUAGUUUCAUUAAGGCAAUCAUCCUUACAAAUCAAUUUUAGAAGAGGUUCCAAUGGACAGUCUCGGUACUAUUCCCUACAUCCGAGACUAAUAGAUGCCCAAGCGAUUUUCAUCAAGACCACGGAGAAUUUUAUCAAUGAGAUUUUGGUGUUAGACACUAAAACACUACGAAUUCAUGAUAGGAGAAAGAUAGCGCAUGAUUGGAGAAAAAAGUUAGACAUGGUACUAGAAUAGGACCGAUUUAGCCGGUAUGAGUCGAGAUAAUGUUUACGGAUAGCUAUAAUUUAUAUCUGUCGGCUAGUGUUUUUUUUAAUAAAAAGGUUCCAAGGAUUCGCCUCAGAUCUUGUACUUUCUUCAUUCUAAAUUGUAAGUCAUUUUAACUUCUUUUUGGAGAGUCAAAGUUUAUCAAAAUUUAGGGACGAAGGGAAUAUGUGAAGGGCAAAAGAGUUCAGAGCAGGGGCACCUACGAGGACUCAACUUUUUAUAAUGGGUUAUGUAUAAUUAUCAACUUUUAUAAUGACAUACAGGCCAAAGUCUAAAAAAAGUUCCAGCAAAUCUGCUCAAAAUCUUUCCACAAUAUACUCCCUCCAUUUUAAACUAUAUGUCAUUUUAACUUCUUUAAAGAUUCAAAGCAUCUCAUUGGACCAAAAUUAUAGAUAUAAUUCUAAAGAUUUUUUACAUUAAAUAGAUAUCUACAAAAAUAUAUUAAUGAAAAUAAUCUAAUAAUACUUAUUUGGUAUCAUAAAUGUUAUUAUUUUAUUGUAUAGAUUUGGUCAAACUAGAGAUGUUUUGGUUCUCCGAAAAAAUUAAAAUGACUUAUAAUUUGGGAUGGUGGAAGUAUAUACCAACAAACUAUAAUGCACAUACUCCCUGUACGAUGCAUCUAGACAUACAUUUUAUCUAGAUACAUAAUAAAAUUGAUGUACUAAAAAAAUGAAAGUGACUUAUAAUUUAGAAAGGAGAGAGUACAUAAUAUAAGGUGAUACAAAUUAGGUGAUUGUAAGCAUGAGUUCCAUCAGUGAAGUCAUACUGGUUAGUUGGCAUUCACUGAUCACACGUACGGCACAGAGAUUAGCAUCAGAAGCUUGACGUCGUACCUCAUCAGUCCGAUCGUCGCCCUUCGAUGGACGUCACAUUUGUUUCAAUUUCCAUGAACAGCCAAAAUUAAACUCGGUAGGUAGUGUUGAUAUAUUAUGGGUUACACCAUAUAAUAUAUAUACAAUAAUUAAUAAACUCUAUGAUUUAUAUGAAAUAAUAUUUAUUGAUUUAUUACCAAUAUGGGACAUGGACCAAACGCUACACAUGCUGGCGAUUGGGCUGGCGGUGAACAUGAUAAGGCAAGAAGCAAGGUAACGAGAACGUUCGGUAUUCUAUCUUGCCAUUAGAGCUCUAAUGCACGUGAGUUAUGAAAGUGCUUUCCGUUUCCAUUAACUAAUAGGCAAGUGGCAAAAUCAAUACGAUAGUUUUUCCAAUUCCAACGUUAAUUGCCUACUGCUUCAUGCCUGUGUCCGUUCGCUUCAUGCCUGUGUCCGUUCGCUUGCUCAUCCGAGUGGAGCUAUACAUACCCAGCUCUACGUCUGGUCUAGAUGCACGAAAAAUACAGAACCAAAGUUCUUGUUGUUCUAUAGUCUCCCCGUUCCAGACCUUGCGAGUACAAGUUUUGAAAGAGUAGGAGCCUCCGGAACGCACGUCGGCGACGAGUUCACCUGCUCGGGUGAAGACCGGCGAUCACGUUUUUGGGGAGUGUCGCGGCGCGGCACGACUACUCGCUGCAACGUCUUCUUCCUGGUGUCCUCGGUGAGGUCACGGAAUCGUCACUGCUACACUACUGCACGACAUCGAAUGGGACGUCUACAUCAGCAAAGUGCAAUGUCGACUAGCGUGAACGGCUUCGAUGCCGCUGGGUAUGAAAUCGCUCGAUUUAUUACUGUAGUCUUUAUAGCUAAUAUCAUCUAUGUUCAUGUUGCUGGAUCACAUACACACCUAUACGAUGUCACGAACAUUUUCACGAUUGUUUUUUCUGGAUUAAAUUACUCGUUAGAUUGGCUAAAUGUCUAACAGGUAGUAACUCUCACUAUUUAGGUCCGGUUUAGAUUCACAAAGUUUUUGAAUUUUAGUACUGUAGCAUCUUUAUUUGUAUUUAGUAAUUAUUGUCCAACCAUCAUUUCACAAAUUACAGAUAAACUAUGCAAUUAUUUUUUUAUCUAUAUUUAAUGAUCCAUAUAUAUAUAUAUAUCACAAGAUUUGAUGUGAUGAGAGGAGUCCGAAAAAGUUUUUGAAUUUGGAGUGAACUAAACAAGCCCUUAUUCAUACUAACAACAUUCAAACGGCCAGAUUCCUUUGAACGGAGAGGGGGUGGGUGGUGAAAGCAUAAAAUUGUUUCUGAUGUGUGCGUUGUUUUCUCGGUGCUGAAAAUGGUGGACUGCACGCUGCAGAGUACACAAUGGCAAGCAGAUGCUGCAUUGCUGCACAGAGCUGUGCAGGAAAUGGACUCUGACACGCCGGACCCACAUAACUAGAGCGGCGCGCCCGGCCCCACCCGCUCCGGCAUCCCGUCGGUCACGCCGCCAUACCCACACGUGCGCUCGCUCCACCGCUACACUCACUGACAAACGGGUCCACACCAAACGGCCCACAUGCCAGUCAGCGAACCAGGCCACCCGUCCAGUCCACGUGCCCGCCUGCCAGCUGACGGCGAGUGCGACACGCCGCUGUGCGGCCCGUCGGCGCGCGGUCGGUCUCCUCUCCUCGGCCCCGUCGUCAGCCGACGCGCCGGCGCCGCUCUCCACGUGCGCAUACGCCACCCUCCUCAGGAAACGUCUUCUUCCAAAACCCGCCUCCUCCUCCUGGCGAGGCAGAGCAGAAGACGCCCACUGGUGGUGGUGGUGGCUGCCUGGCUGCAUUUGAGGUGCGGCCGGCCAGCUAUAAGCAGGCCACCUGCGACUGCGAGCGCGCGCUGAGCCGUCGAGCCAUCACCACCACCACCACCACCACCGCAACCGACAGCUCCCCCCACCCCUCUCCUCUCCCGUCCAUCUGCUGCAGCUAUGGCGUCGCCUCCGCCCGACGUGGACCUGGGCAAGCUCAGCUACGAGAUCUUCUCCCUGCUCGAGAGCAAGUUCCUCUUCGGCGGCACGCCGGGCGUUGGCUCCGUGCCGGGCACGCCGGGGCGGGCACCCGGGGAGGACAACAGGGACAGGGACAGGGGCAGGGUGCGCGUGCUGGCGAUCGACGGGUGCGGUCCAGGCCCCGGCGACGCGCUGCUAGCGGCGGCCGCGCUCGCGAGGCUGGAGGCGGCGCUGCGGGCGCGCGCGGGGGACCCGGACGCGCGCGUGGCCGACUUCUUCGACGCCGCGGCGGGGGCCGGAGCUGGGGGCGUGCUGGCCGCGAUGCUGUUCCUCAAGGGCGACGACGGGCGGGCAAGGUACACGGCGGCGGACGCGCUCGCGUUCGUCGCCGCUAGCCUCGGGAGGCCCGGUGGCGGGUGGGGCGGUGGCGGGUCCGGUGCCGGCGCGGGGGCUGGGGUGGGUGAAAGGCUCCGGAGCAGGUGGGCCGCGCUGUUCCGGCGCGGGGAGAGGUCGUCGAGGUCGUCCUCGUCCGCGCCGCUGCGCCGGGUGUUCGGGGACGCCACGCUCAGGGACACCGUGGCGCCGCUGCUGGUCCCCUGCUACGACCUCGCCACGGCGGCGCCGUUCCUCUUCUCCCGCGCCGACGCCGUCGAGAGCGACAGCUUCGACUUCCGCCUCCGCGACGUGUGCGCGGCGACCUGUGCGGCUGGGAGCGCCGCGGUCGCCGUAAGGUCCGUGGACGGGCGCACCGCCAUCGCCGCCGCGUCCGGGGGCGUCGCCGCCAUGGGUAACCCCACUGCGGCCGCCAUCACGCACGUGCUCCAUAACAAGCACGAGUUCCCGCUCGCCGCCGGCGUCGACGACCUCCUCGUCGUCUCCAUCGGCUCCGGAUCCUCCGCCGGCACCGCCGCCACCGCCACCCCUUCCGCUGGCGGCUGGCGGACGCCCAUCCCGCCGCGCUCGCCGUCGCCCGCCGAGAUGGUCCGCCUCACCGCCGAAGGCGUCGCCGACAUGGUCGACCAAGCAGUGGCCAUGGCGUUCGGGCACACGUGCGGGCGCAACUACGUUCGCAUCCAGGCGGCGUGCUCGGGGAAGGCGCUGAGGUCGCUGGACGCGAAGAAGGCGGUGGCGGCGGCGGACGGGAUGCUGACGCAGCGGAACGUGGAGGCGGAGCUGUUCCGUGGGCGUCGGCUGUCGGAGAAGUCGAACCGGGAGAAGCUGGACGCGUUCGCGGCGGAGCUGGUGAAGGAGCAGGAGCGGCGGGCGCGGAGCCCCGGCCUGCUGCCCACCGUGGUGAUCAAGCAGUCGCCGGCCACGGCCACGGCCACGCCGCGGCCGUCGUCCGCCACCACCGCCUCCUCCGCCACCGCUGCCACCGGCCGGACCACCUCCACCAUGCCGUCACCGGCGUCGCAGGACUCCUACCAGCAGUAGCUGCCGCCGCCCGCUCUAAGUUUUGUACAUGCCGCCGUGGACAGAGGAAUUGCGUCCUCCCCUUCCCCUCUCUCUCUCUCUUUUUCUCCCACGUCGAUGACGAUGAGCCGUUGACAGGUGGGUCCAAGGACGAGUUUAAACAUGGUGAAGUGAAAGUAAGUUAUAUGAUGUAGUAACUUAUAUAUGUUGAGAUGUUGAAGCUUGAGAAAAGGGUGAAGGGGCCAUUGAGUUUCAUGCACCGACCAGUUUGGCAUUUUAGCGGCCAGUUCGGCAAAUUAGCGUGGAGAGCAAUGAUUAGAGGAUCUUGUUGAGGUCUCAUUAGUACUUAACACAUGCAAAAAAGUAGAUUUUGAUGCUCUUCAAAGUGUAUUAGUGGCUCCCUUUAAUCUCCCUCCAAGUAGAUUAGAAUGGAAGCCAAGGCCCCAAGAGAGGUUGGCCUCUAGCUCUAGGCUUAAUCGGUGAGGUAGAGAUGAUGUUAAUGCCUUACUCUUAAUGGAGUACUUGCACUUGAGAUUAGUA